AUGACAGAGACGGGGGAAGAUACGAGUAUCGACACCUUAUUGGAUGAGGAAACGAUCAACGCUGCGGUCCUCUACCUCAGCGGAGACACCUUAGCUUGGUACCGGUGGUCAAAUCAACGAAAGGUGUUGAACACUUGGGAGGUGCUCAAGGAGUUGUUCCUGAACAGGUUCCGACUAAUUCAUGGUGGCGACCUGUACAAGCAAUGGGCGGCGCUCAAACCAAAGAAUCGAGUAAAACCACGUGACUUCUCGUUGCGAGAUUCCGACAAGGAUGUGAUUCCGGACAAAGCAACGGAAUUCCAUUUCAGGAUGGAGAGAUGGGUACCAUUUCUGAAGGGCCAGGAAGAAAUGAUCAGGUCUAGGGGCAUUACAGUCAUUACACAAAUCAUGUACGUGGCAGAGAUCGUGGAGCAAUGA